CGGCUUGUAACGGAGUCGAUGCGUUGUAGUGUGUGCGGAGUUGUCUCGUGCGUGGUGCUGGCUACCCACGCAAUCCCACCCCCCCUCGUGUUCAUAGGUGCUGCUACUCGCCAACAGCACACUUGCCCCGACAGCCUGCUGAGGCUAUCCUGGGGGUAAUCUUUGGCUUUGUUGUCUAGACAGACGCGCCGGUAUCUGCCUGCGCUGCUACCCAAAACUUUUUCGCCGACUUCCGCUCCGCCACUACAACUCAUCAAACGGUGUGGGGGUUCAGGUUUUAGACUGUUUUUUUUUAUUUACGUGGCAAGCAAUAAUAUUAACAGUGAAACCUCAUGGUCGUGAUGCUGGCGUGUGGAUGUCAAAGGUCGACGCCGGUGAACGGGAGACGCAGCGUGCGGGGAAAGGUCUCGAUUUGGAUAGCAGCGUGAACGCGUGGUUGGGUGAUCGAGAGGACAUCAGGGCACCGUCUGUGUAACUUGCAGUGGCCAUCGUCAGCGGCUUUCGCAGCCUCUGAAUUCCGAUGUUGGCCAGUGCCGUGAGAAAACCUAUCGACUCGGUGAAGUGCUUGCAUUCUUUCCGUGUGUGUCCGCUCGUUCUUUGCGCUCUAAUCGAUUCGGUUAUGACAAACAGAUGUAGUCGCUCUUAAGAGCGAGCUAUCUGCCUUUUCACGUGCACAUAUAUAUGUAUGUUCACGCUAACUUCUUUUAAUAUUUAUGCUUCGUUAUUGUUUUAGACUGCUCGGUAUUUUUUUGAAAGAAGUCCAGUCUAACUUUCAUUUGACCGUAAGGGCGGUUCGUAUUGUUGUAUCGAGCUGUUAUUAACCAAGUAAAUCGAUCUCUCUUCCUGACGUGUCUCUACUGUUAAGGGGGGGAAAGUCUAUCGGCGUUUCGGUCUUUCAGACUUCUGAUAACAGCUCUGGAACCGUAAAAUCAACAGGGGGUAAACAUUUAGUGCAGGACAUUUUAAGCACCGCACCAACUUUAACUCUCCGUAUUGCGCAAAAAAACACACGGACACUCCGCUCAGGGUAUCGUUUUCGAGGCGCACUUCACCCAGCCCCAAGCUGUUGCCGUCGUCUGCCGGCUCAUCCUAGGAAGGAGGUCCUCAUGAUGCUGUUCUCGCGGAGCUGCCGAGCCGUGGCUCUGCUCCUUCUCUGCGUCCCGUGGGCCGUGAGCCACAUCAGCGGUGACGGCGACAACGACGGAGGCUCUGGCUCGGGACUCGAAGCGUUGUCCUCCGCGUGGUUCCAAUCGCAGGCAGUAGCUCCUCCUUCUCCUCGCCCGUUAAUUACACCUCGGCGCUCGCUGAACCACGAUGGACCCACCACCACGACUGCCACCACUCCAAAAGCAACAACAUCAUCAUCAUCAACAACGACCACUGCUUCUCGCGAUCAACGGACGGAUAAUUCCGCGAGCGUCGUGCCACCGGGUCGCCAGGACCAUCGCUCAGAACCCAUCCUCAUCACGGACUCGGCGGAGGUCUUCGGCAGCGGCAGCGGCAGCGGCAGCGGGAGCGACCGCUGCGGCAUCUCCUUCGCCAUCGAGACGGCGGGCCCCGCGCGCCCCUGGGAGGGCAAGUGCCGCCCGGCUACGAGGCAGGAGAUGGACCGGGUCCGCCGGGUGGUGUACGACUACGGGCUCGUGCUGUCCAGCGUGCGCGACACGGUGCUGGCCGAGGCGGGCGAGCACGGCUCGUUCGCCGGUGCUCUGCGUGCGUCGCUGAGCGCGCUGCGUGGAGAACACGGCGAGCUGCAGCGGGGAGUCGUUCGAGUCGAGGCAGCUUUCGAGGGGGCCGCGGGCGACACCCUGGAAGAGCGAGACGCCGUUGGCAAGGCGGCGGCCAGAAUGCGCGUGAGUCUCGCCGAGAUGUCCGACUCGCUGCUGAAGGCGGCGCGGCUCCACGCCUCCCUCGAGGGGGCCCUGCGGGGACUGCACGACUCCGCGCGGGACCACGGGGAUCGCCUCGCCCGUCUGCAGGGCGCCCGCAUGCAUGGAGGAGUCUGGGCGGACCGUGGGGCGUCGUAGAGGGCGCGGCGUGCCCCUGAAUAGAUCCGGAUGCUCGACCCUGCCUGUGGCCAAGAAGAAAGAGGAUUACCUCCGGACCCCCUGCAAGGCGACGCUACGAUUGCGGCAUCGGCAAGGGGUGCUUCGUUUCGCGCCUGGAGCUGUCCGGUGCUGAGCUCUGGAAAAUAUUUCCCUCCGUCUGUUGUCGCCCGGAUGUGUUUUUGGGUGGGUGGUGCCGUUGGCGGGAUGGUGCGGGUUGGGGGGGGGAGGGAAUGCCAGGAAAAUGUUCCAUGAGAAAUUCGAGCUCUGGGCGUCGGUAAAAUAAAAAAAAAAUUAGCUGUCGCCAAAAAAUUACGUUUGCAUAAAUUCCCGGGGAUGAACGGGGGCCACUGAGGCUAGUUCAUAAAUAAUGUCGGCGAUGUUUAUUUUUCGUUGCUACCCAAAAAAAAAAAGACCACACGGCCACAUUCCCGCAGCGGGCCGCGCUACGCCGCAGACAGAUCCCGUCGGAGUUUGGAAAACGCAGCGUACAGAGAGGGCUCUUGUGUGCACUGAUGUACGCAGAGCCUCGUAAAGCCAAAAGCAAAAGUCAAAUCUCACAGGCAUAGCCUCUGAACCGUUAUAGGGUAAAAAAAAGGGCAAGGCAAUAAAGUGUUGAAAACCAGUAUUUUGUGUGAAACACUGAUGCACAUGAUGGAGGUUUAUCAGUCAAGAAAGAUCCAAGCCAUUUGUCUGGUCUAUUUGAAAACACUGGAGCACCAUGCUUGGUCUGUAGCUCGCUCUGCAUGAGGAGGGCGUCUGCUGGUCAAUGUUUUGUUUUUUGUUUACUUUCAUGUGGAAAUAAUAAUUCAACUUUGUAACGCGGCGCUCAACGGUAAACAUACAGGAUGCACAGGAAAGCGAUGAAGGCAGCCACACAGGGAGCCGGUGCCCACCCCAAGCUCUGGGAUCCUCUACAUAUAUGAAGGUGUUAUAUUAGCCAUUUAAUACGUGUUUACACGUGAAGGGAAAACGGAGCACCCGGAGAAAACCCAAGCGUGCGAAGGAGCAAUACUCCAUCCCGUGCCGAUGGAGCAGGCGCUAUGCACAUUUUGCCGGGGUAUGGCACCUCACCAACUCUCACCUAUUGUGUGGACAAGGUGGCAACCCUGCAUCGGUGUCGCGUCGCAUAACGAAGCGUCCAUUUGGAGCUCUCGCAGAGCAGCGCGACCGCCACGUGUAAGAGAGUGGCCUGUGCGAUGAGACAUCACAGAAUGACUUCUGCAUUUAAAAAAAGAAAUUUCUACACCAGGUCUUGUGUUUUUCUCGCUUGACCCGCUGCGGAGAAAUGUUUUGCAGCUUGGUAGUCGAAUCAAUAUUUGUUGUUGUUGUUGUUGUUCUGCUCAGAGCUGGUGAGUAAUCAAAUUAAUUUGAAAGCUAAAUGUAACGCCUAUUGAUUUUUGUUGAGUCAUUGGUGACAAAGCCACGACCAUCAAAUCACUGCGCCCGUGAACCAUGCUUAAUCACCGGGCGGCUGGAACCUGGUUUCAGCCACCGGGUGACUAAACAGGACGUCUGGAACCUGGAUUUGAACUCAGGGUCUCAGCAUCUUUGUACCCUGAGCCAUCGGCCCACCUCACCUCUGCUUAUAGAGUCCAUGGUGGAAAUUCUACGUUUAUUUUUCAGGGGCAUGGAUAUCUAUCGCACAACCACUGUUGGCUUCCCGCUAAAAUUGUACUCAUUUUGGUUGACCCCUGAUGGUAUGAAUGGCUGAGUUUAUUUGAGGCUAGAACUUUGAAUCCACAUUAUAACAUCGCUUUGUAUGGCAUUGGCAGAGUGGCAAUGCUCAAUAGAAAGAAACCCAACAUCCCAGUGCAGGAUGCUCCUGAAGUAGGCAUUGAGAGUCAGUGAUACUUUUCCCGGCUAAAUAAUUGACAUUUGCGGGGUCAUUGGGCGGAUUAGGAGGUCCUCCGGAAAGACAUACGCGCAACAAAAAUUGUCACUAAAGUUAUACACGUGCGUACGCAACCCGAUUGAUUAUGAAACACACCCCGGGUGCAAGUGGUGGGGGGGGGGGGGCGAGAAAGCGCAGUUACUAUCGCGAUUCGUACAAAUUAUUAAGUCGCAUCAUUCGCCCAGAUUACCAAGCAUUGUGUUAUAUAAUCCUGGCAGCGUUCAGUCCUGGCAGUGCAACAAUUGUGUUACGUAAUCCUGACGAUAGGACGCCGACGUGGUCGUAGGCAGGUUGGGCUGGCUUGGAAGGAAUUAAAUACUUCCUUUAUGUAAUAAUGAUGGGGUAAUCAAAUGCCGGCUUUGUUAACGGUCACAGGCUCUUGCGAACCCACGCACAGCCCCUUCGGGUCAACGUCAAAGCGAUUGCCUCGCAACAUUGAGCAUUGAGGCAUUGGUGCUCAUCUCCUGUUUACAUCACCUGAGACAGUGGACGUUCAUAGGGCAUGGCCAAGUCUAUAGAACAACCACCGUUGACUUCCCCGCAAAGCGAGACUCGUUUAAUCGACCGCCCCAAUCAGAAUUCGAACUCGUAUCCUUCCGAUUACAAGCCACUCGCUCUACCACUGAGCCACCGGUCCGAUUUGAUUAUGCUUUGAGUAUUGAUUACGAUGGCAUGGCAUGUCCCGGGUACGGCUGUGGUUCAAAAAACUAAGCGAAGCCGCUGAGCCGCCUUUGGGUACAACAUUAAUUAACUCUGACCCUCAACAAGACCCAACCGUGGUUCACGGCUCAGGUUUAUCAAUCUCAGAUUUUGAGAUGUAAGUGAUUGGGAACUGCAAUCAAUCAAACGUUACUUACCUAGCGCAAUUCGUGCAAAUAAAGCAAUACAAAGUGCUUUACAAGAGAAAAUAUAAGCGACUGACACAAUGUACACAGCGAUAAGAAUGUCGCAUAUUUCUUUUUUACAUCGCAUUAUAAUGAACUAACAGUAUCAUAAAAUGCAUAAUACACACUUAACACAAAGCAUCCUAAUUAAACGCCAAUCUAAAAGGGUAUGUUUUAAGAUUUCGUUUAAAACCAUUCACUAAAUCUGAUGCCCUCAGAUUCUCAGGCAAGCUUGUUCCAAAGGCUAUUUGACCAUAAAAGCUCAAGGUAUCUUAUGAUUGCUAAAAACGCGGAGGUGUUUGGGGCGUCACGGUGGCGAGAUGCGAACUCCUCGUCUGAUAUGCAAGUGGUCGUGUAUUCGAUCACGACCCUGACGCCUGCUGUACAUUUGCAGUUUGCGUGAUUCUCUCUCUUUCCCCGUGGUCGCGUGCAUUUUUCUCUUCACAUUUAGAAUCAACGUGCAAUAGAGUAUUUGGCUGCUAUAAAUGUACACACGGUCAUAAGCCACUUCGUUGAGCUACUAUUUGUGGCCAGGCCACUUCUCAAAAAAAGAUAUCUACGGCCCAGUGGGCCUCACCUGGUAAAAAUAAAUAAAAAGUUCGCUUCGUAAAAUA